AGAGCUUGCCUCCUCUCUUUUUUUGCAGCUGGUCAAGCAUGAAUGCACAGAUUGAAAGCAAGAACUUGAAGGGUAUUAAAAAGAGAUAAAUGACUUGGUUUGAAUGAUGCAAAACCACAAACCAAGACGACAUAAUUGCAAAGGCCUCCCAGGUACAUGAUCUCGACAUCGAGAGUCAUCAGGAUGGCAUCCUCAUUUGCCUACCAAGUAUGGCUACCCGCUCUACGCGUAUGGAAGGAUCUCUAAAGCCCAUGUCAACACCCCAAACAACACUCUGAUCCAUGAACGCGACCUCGUCAAGGCAGAUUGGACCCAGGUGGUUCGGCCAAAUAACGACACCUUGUAUUCAUUCAUGUUCUACGACUUGUCUCGAUAUGAUUUGUACAUCAACGUGCCGCAAUCUGAUCGACGGUACUGGGUGUUCUCGUUCUACGAUGUAUGGCAACAACUAAGCCAACAUUGGCAGCCAGUGUGACAAACCCAGGAAGUGUACUUUGCGAUAUAGUAAAGGUACUGUCAGCUUUGGUGUUAGGACGCAUCAAGAGACUGCCCAAAUCGAUUCCUCCACUCCGCAUGGCAUCCUCCUCACCAGGAUCAACCUGUUGGAUCAAGAAGCGGACAAGGUCAAAGUCAACGCAUUUCAAGACGAAAUCAAACCCACUGAGGAAUCUCGAAAAGAAGUUUUUUUGGGUCCCAACGAGCUACUCGUGGCCAACGACCUCGACCGGUAUUCCUUGGAUGUGGGAUAUAUGAUCCCAUAUAUAUUCGUUGGAGUUUUCCCACCAAAAUUUUCGAGAGAUAAGCUCGUCGUCGUUAACCUCGUCGUCGGAUGGGCGUAGAUAGAAUAGUUGACACCCUCGAGUCGUUUCCGCAGUGUAGUAGUCUGCAAUUGAUUCAUGUGUUCCCGCAAGGCGGUUUCGGUCAGAGAUGUUUGUUUAUGAAAGCAUACAUCGCUUCGUUCUGAUAGUCAUCACCAUUGUCUAGAAAGUGAUCUUGACCAUGUGGACGUUCGUACUCCACGAUCACCCCGCAACCCAGCAUGGAACCUACGACUUCAUCCGACUGUUCCACACCUACUGCUGUAUCUGCGUCUCCAUGCAGCACGUACGCAGGUGGCAAUCCAUGCUCUUGAAUCUGGCGCGAGAUCCUAUACGGAGCGGCGCUUUGUUCAUCCGGCACACCCCAUAACUCGGCCAAGUUUGCGGCUCUCAGCAUGUACACAUACAUGUGGGCGCGAGGAUCUGGGACUUUGCCGCAGCUGGUGGAUGGUUCAGCUUGGGUAUUGAGGAAAGGCUCCAUCUCCGCCUUGGAAGCUGCAUAGCGUCCCGGUGGCGCAGGCUGUGGUUUGGUGAAGAAGCCACCGAGAGGAUCGGUGAUUGGAUAGAUCGGAAUAAUGACCUGUGGCUUAGGGACUACAUAGAGUCCUGCUAACAGAGUCAAGAAGCCGCCUGCUGAGCUACCAG